AGUACGCCUCAGUCCUCACCUUUUAAAACCAGGUGUAGUAUAAGAACUGCGGUUAAGUACACUGCAGCGAUAAACCAAUGAGAGCAAAUUUGAAAUGUCGUGCUAGGCAAAAUCCGUGCCGGUUGGUGACGCUCCGUAGGCUGAGGCUGAGACGAUUAGCGUCAGCUCAGCCGCAGUGAAGAAUUGCUUCAGUUCCGGCGACGAGGAGAUGCAGCUUCGCAGCAAUGCAGUUCGAUCCUUGCCUUCUUACGCCGUCAAGGACCUACUCUCCGUCGACAUUCAUAUGCGUUAGAUGCAUCUCUCGGCUACUCGAAUCGAACAGCAGAUGUAUUGUUGUUCUUCAUUUUCACAGUCAGUAGUGCGUUCAGUUCAAGAAGAACCAAUGUCUUCGGAAGCAGAGGCUGAGUCGGAAUUCUGCAGCAUUUGUUUAGUCUUAUCGCAAUUCAAGUAUCGCGAUGAAGAAACGCUGGUGAAAAAGGAGAGCACGAGUGAUAUGGCUGUAUCAAUUGAACCACGAAUGUCAUCAGAUCGAGCUUCUCUGUAGCACAAGUAACCCUGGAGAACGAGUGCGCGAUUUUUUUGAUGUACACUUCAACAAGGGCAUCAAAAUUGUUCAAAAUUAUAUAGGUAGGAUUCAAGAUUGCAAAAGGCGAAAAAGAGGCAUGAGCAAGGGGUUGCAUUCUGUUAUUGAUGAGUACUGGAUGCUGGUGUUGACUGUUCGGAUCAAUCAAAUAUUGAGACAAAUGCUGUUGCUACAAGGCCAUCAAAUGGCUUGCAAAAUCAUGAUUCUUCUCUGUGCCAUGGGUUCUCCAUAGAGAAAAUUCGUGGUUCUUGUGCCCUUUUUCUUUACAAAAUUCAUGGUGCUGGCAGAGAAGAUAUCAAUGUUCAAAUGUUGGGUAUAGGGUGCCUUUCCCAGUUGAGAUUCAAAAUGUAUGUUAAAUCCUAUCAGAGGCAAUUGAAAAGAAAUUGAAGCAAGGAUAAAUGGCUUGGAAAAUAAAGGAGUGAGUUUAACAGCAAGUUCUUUAGAUUCCGCAUAAGUUGGCCACAGGUUAUUAAAAUUAGCUGUAUAAACCACAUUCGCUGGUUGGAGUUAAAAAUCUUAAGGUAGUAGGCAGUGAAGUUUGGACACUGGUGCAUCAAGGAAAAGCAGAGAAGCAGGUAAGUUUUUAGUUUUUAGCUGCAAUGGUGAAUCUCAUCCCAUUUGGAAAAACAUUUCAAAUUGGUUAUUGGACCUGUAUUACACUUUACUUUACUGUUAAAUAUCCCAAACAGAAGCAGUAUGAUGCACUAGUGUGGAUUUCUUGUCCACCCGAUGAGGAAGAUUCGAAGACUAUAUCUUCGCCCAAGCCCCAAGGACACGGUGAGUUGUUCUUUGUGCCUCGUUUCUUAUUUUACUUUACAAAUCCAGGCAGUAUGAUGCACUAGUGUGGAUUUCUUGUCCACCCGAUGAGGAAGAUUCGAAGACUAUAUCUUCGCCCAAGCCCCAAGGACACGGUGAGUUGUUCUUUGUGCCUCGUUUCUUAUUUUACUUUACAAAUCCAGGGGAAGUUAUGGUUUAGUUCCAAUUGCAAGCCUUCUUAUCUAGUGAGGGUUUUAUAUGAAAUCAAAGUCUGACGACCCA